AUGGUUCGGUGGCGUUUUCAGUCUUUUCCUCUGCAGUGGAUAUCAUUUUUUUGUCUCGUACCUGUACUGCUGACUCAUGCUAAUGAUUCUGGUCAUUCGCUUAGCUUAAGUCAACCAACUGAAGCUACCGUCGAACGUAACAAAAUUGUUAUAUCCGGUUCUACGCCAACUGAGGGUAUUGACUACAUAACUGAACUGGCUGCAGAAGCUAUCCCUCAACUUCUUAAUAACUCGAUGCUACCCGACGUUGAUGCUGAUGGCGUUAAAAUCUUAAAAAUGCGCGUUGAGAAGUUUGAGAAACCAACGCUACGAUCACAUUUUAUUAAGGGAGCCGGUGUUGGCAUCAACUUGUAUUUGCCACAUGUUGUUAUAUCAGCAGCAUGUGAAAUCAGCAGUUUUCUUACCACUCAACGAGGUAAAUUGCGUGGAGAGAUUCAAAACCUGUCGAUUGUUAUGGAAGUUCAUAUGCAAAGAAACGAGAGUACAAAAAUGAACAUUAUUACUGUUAGCCUUUUAGUUCUGUUCACAAAAUCCUCCCUUUCUUUACCAAAACAUCGGAACCUAGGGUAA